AGUUCACAUCUCAGUCCCCACCUAGCAGAGCUGCUCUGCCUACAUCUCAGAGUGUAGCUGACAGAGGCAAUAGGACGGAAUCCCAGGCCAGAGGCCCCCAGUGGGACCAAAAGUUGCAUCUGUUCUUCUGACCUGAUCUUGCUGAAGAAGCAACUCUGCCCCUGCAACCUCUUUCUAUGACUCCAUCUGGCUCUGGCUGGCUGGGGGGACAAACUCUGAGGGGCUUCUGGGGUCUCAGUGCAGUGGUAGCAGCCAUCAUGGACAGUGGCAGGAAUUGAGACCUCACUGGAGCAUACAGAACAGAAUGGAAAACAAAGCCAUGUAUCUGCACACAGUGAGUGACCGUGACACUAGUUCCCUCUUUGAGGAACCCUUCGAUGGCAGGAGCCUGUCCAAGCUGAACUUGUGUGAUGAUGGACCAUGCCACAAACGACGGGCAGGUGGCUGCUGUACCCAGCUGGGUUCCCUGUCAGCCCUGAAGCAUGCUGUUCUUGGGCUUUACCUACUGGUCUUCUUGAUUCUUGUGGGCAUUUUCAUCUUAGCAGUGUCCAGGCCCCGUAGUUCCCCAGACGACCUAAAGGCACUGACUCGCCAUGUAAACCGGCUGAAUGAGAGUUUCCGGGACUUGCAGCUGCGGCUACUACAAGCGCCACUACAGGCAGACUUGACUGAGCAGGUGUGGAAGGCGCAGGAUGCACUACAGAACCAGUCGGACUCGCUGCUGGCGCUGGCAGGUGCGGUGCAGCGGCUGGAAGGGGCACUGUGGGGGCUGCAGGCGCAGGCAGCGCAGACUGAGCAGGCAGUGGCCUUGCUGCGUGACCGCACAAGCCAGCAGGGCGACGCGGCACAGCUGGAGCUAUACCAGCUGCAGGUGGAGAGCAACCACAGCCAGCUGCUGUUGCAGCACCACGCCAGCCUGUUGGACGGGCUGGCGCGCCGGGUGGGCAUCCUGGGCGAGGAGCUGGCCGACAUGGGCGGAGCGCUGCGAGGCCUCAACCACAGUCUGGUCUAUGACGUGGCGCUGCAGGGCACCCGGCUGCAUGACCUGCAGGUGCUGGUGAGCAACGCUAGCGAGGAUGCGCGGAAGCUGCGCCUGGUGCACUUGGGUAUGGAGCGCCAGCUCAAGCAGGAGUUGGCCCUGCUUAAUACGGUCACCGAGGACCUGCGCCUCAAGGACUGGGAGCACUCCAUCGCGCUGAGGAACCUCUCCCUCGCCAAAGGACCACCAGGCCCCAAAGGUGAUCAAGGUGAAGAAGGGAAGGAAGGAGAACCCGGAAUCCCUGGAUUACCUGGACUUCAAGGUCUUCCAGGAGAGAGAGGAACCCCAGGACUGCCUGGCCCCAAGGGUGAUGAUGGAAAGCUGGGGGCCAUUGGACCAAUGGGCUUGAGAGGGUUCAAAGGGGACCGAGGCCUAAAAGGUGAAAAAGGAGAGAGAGGAGAACGAGUUGGAGAUACCACAGGUAGCGUGGAGGCAGUGAUGAUCCGGCUAGUGAACGGCUCGGGUCCGCAUGAGGGUCGUGUGGAGGUAUUCCACGACCGACGCUGGGGAACCGUGUGCGAUGAUGGCUGGGACAAGAAGGAUGGGGACGUGGCGUGCCGCAUGCUGGGCUUCCGAGGUGCACAGGAGGUGUACCGGACUGCUCGAUUUGGACAAGGCACAGGGAGGAUCUGGAUGGACGAUGUCGCCUGCAAGGGCUCAGAGGACACCAUCUUCCACUGCAGCUUCUCCAAGUGGGGGGUGACAAACUGUGGACACGCUGAGGAUGCAGGGGUGACGUGCAGCAGACACUGAAAGCAGCCACAGCCUAUUUUCUUGGCGGGGGGGGGGGGGGCAUUGCUUGGAGUCUCCCCUGAUCUCCACACUGCUCUACUACCUAGUCCAGCACCCUCUCCUUUUCAUAUCUCCAUUCUGAGACCAUGGUGGCCUGCUGUUAUUCUCCCCUGGGACAUCUCCCAAGUGCAACUCUGGCAUCCACAUCUGUUUCUUCCUCUUUCCAGAGUUCCUGUGUGUGGGACCCUAGUCUCUGGAUCUCUAAUUGCUCAGUCUUCCAGAGGCCAGGCAAGGGGCUUCCCUGGCCAUAUUCCCUUUGGUGCCAGAUGAAUGCUGAGACCAUACCAGUGACAAGGCAGCAGCAAAGAUAGAGAGAGGGGCAAUAGACCAUUUAUUCUGUAGCUCAUUCCCAAACUCUAUGACAAGACCCUAGACAUCUCCUCUCUGGCAAGAGACAAAGCUGAGUCAUUUUGUUUUCCCUCUUGGCUUUGCUCAGCACACUCUUUAUUAGUUUGGGGGAACUAACCAAGAGGAGAGACCAGCUGUAGGAGCAAGAGAAUGACACAAGUCUCGUGCAGGAAUCCAUCUGGAUUUGAAAUGAGCGUUCACAGAGCAACAACCAUGUGUGUUACUUUCUUUCUUGGGUGCUAAACUCAUCUGUCCACUUUGCACCAUUUCUGCUGCUAUCCUGAGUGAGUUGUGACAUCCAGGGGGCAUUGAUCCAUUCACCUGGCCCACAAGUCUAAAGAUUGAGAAAGGCUGGCCAAUGUUUCUACUUGAACCUUAGACUUCAAAAGCAUCUUGGGCUUGAGACAUGUGACUAAAUGUUGACAUAUUCCUGAAACUAUAGAUGUGAGUUCAAGAUAAGACAUGACCAGCUCCCAGGUCAACUAUUGGCUUAAGAGAAAAGCUGAUUUGGGGCAGGGGUAGAUAGCAUAAUGCUUACGCAAAAAGACUCUCAUGCCUGAGGCUCCAAAGUCCCAGGUUCAAUCCCCUGCACCACCGUAAGCCAGAGUUGAGCAGUACUCUGGAAGAGACAGACAGACAGACAGACACAGAGAGAGAAGCUGAUUUGGUGGGCCACUAGGGCCUAUUUGGGCAAGACUGAGACCCUGAGACUGACGCUCAGUGUCUGGCAUCAAGGUUAAAGCCAUAUUGGCUGGGCCUGAGAGCUGUUUGGAAGUGUUGGCAAUGAAUAUUCUAGGUCUCCUUGUCUGUAAUGGGGUUAGGAAAGUAUAUAUCUUGAUGGAUCCUACAGGAGUGACAUGAAAUGAGGAUUCCCUAUAAUUUCUGGAACAGAGGGGAGACAUGUGGUCUCGGUACCCUUCUCCUUGUAACAGGAAGAUCAUAUUCUUCUUUUGACAUGAGAAUGGGGUUAACAUGCACCUGUACAUGUUCUAGGACUUAGGGAGCUACAUGGUGGUGAGUGAGAACAGGCCUACCACACUUGGAGGAGUCACAGCUCAGUCCAUGGAGACAUACACACUGCCAUGAUGGGUAACAUCAACUUGCCUGGGGAAGGUGAUACCUGGGACCUUCUGAGUGUCAGACCAGCAAAGUUCCUGGGUGACAAAGUAUAUGUUAUUGGUUGUUCUCUACUUAUAAUAUGCUUUUACUAUUCACUAAUGUCAUCAUCAGAGACUCUCCUCCUGACCAACUGCUAUGUUUACAUAAUACACGUGUACCCAUGCAUCUCUUUCUGGGACCAAUAUAUGUAUACGUAUAUAAAUACAGCACUCUUUACUGCAUAGCUCAGCACCCUGCAACAUUUGUAUUAAUAAAAGAAAAUACUAAAGAUGGAAAGAUCAUUCCCAAUGGGUUCUGGCAAAGAAUCUAAUUACCCAACAAUGAAGACCCAUAUGAAUUUCUAUCUUGGCCUUUUUAUUUUUAUUUUUUUUUGGGGGGGGUUGUCUUGUUGUGUAUGCAAUAAAAACAUCAGUGAUAACUGUUUGAACUUUAAAGUAAAAGUUUACAUAUCUAUUUAAGAGGACAUGGGGACAACCAUGGGCCUGCAUUUCAGGGACUAAAGGAAAUUAGGCCUGGCCUAAAGUAUAUCCGACCUUUUGUAAGAGUUUCAAUAAAGUUAAAAAAAAAAAAAAA